CCCCGGCACCGCCGGGCAACUCUCUGCCGGCCUCCCCGCUGCCGGGGCAAAGAGUAUUUAAAGUUAUUCCGUGCCUCACAUAUGAACAAUGACCAUAGUUAACAAGCCAAAAUCUUCAAAAUCUAAAAAGUCAUCUUCAAGGCGGUCUGACAAAUCUAAGAAACCCCGUACUAAAAAAAUGACGUCACGCACUGCAAAUUUGGGCCGGGUACCACCUGCAGAAGAUCCAAACAAAGUCUCUGUGGACAAAGGACCUGGAGGUGCUAUUUAUUGUAGAUCAUCUCAAAAAUCAAAGCCUUUUGCCCAAAGAGAUCUAGUUGUUAAUGACGGAAUUGCCCCACCACAAAGGAUUCUCUUUCCACCUGAGAAAAUUUGUAUGGACUGGCAACAAACACAAAGUGUUGGAGUUGGACUGCAGAAUCUCGGCAACACAUGCUUCCUUAAUUCUACUCUACAAUGUUUGACCUACACGCCUCCUCUCGCCAAUUACAUGCUUUCUCUUGAACACACCCAGUCAUGUCAUGAAGAAGGAUUCUGUAUGAUGUGCACUAUGGAAACUCACAUUAACCAGGUCCUGUGUUGCUCUAAUAAUGCCAUCAAACCUACAUCUGUUAUCAAUGGCCUUAAAAGAAUAGGAAAACAUUUCCAUUUUGGCAGUCAAGAGGACGCACACGAAUUCUUAUGCUUCACUGUUGAUGCUCUGCAGAAAGCUUGCUUGAAUGGAAGCACCAAAUUGGACAGAUCUUCUCAAGCCACCACACUUAUUUAUCAAAUAUUUGGAGGAUAUCUAAGAUCCCGAGUAAAGUGCUUGAACUGCAAAGCAGUGUCGGAUACGUACGAGCCAUUCCUCGAUAUUACUUUGGAUAUAAAGGCAGUUACAUCUGUCACCAGAGCUCUAGAACAAUUUGUGAAACCAGAACAACUGGACGGUGAAAAUAGCUAUAAGUGUAGCAAGUGUAAAAAGAUGGUUCCUGCAUCAAAGAGGUAUACAAUACAUCGUUCUUCCAAUGUUCUCACAAUAUCACUGAAGAGAUUUGCAAAUUUUACAGGUGGAAAGAUCAACAAGGAUGUAAAAUAUCCUGAAUAUUUGGAUCUUCGAGCGUAUAUGUCCCAAUCAAUUGGAGAACCACUCAUCUAUGCUUUAUAUGCAGUUCUUGUACAUAGUGGUUUCAACUGUAACGCAGGACACUAUCUCUGCUUCAUAAAGGCCGGUAAUGGACUUUGGUAUCGAAUGAAUGAUGCCUCAGUAGAGCUUUCUGAUAUCAAAACAGUUCUCAAUCAGCAGGCUUAUGUACUUUUUUAUAUCAGGCGCUAUGAUUUGACGCUUGGAGAACGUGCUUUUUACUUGCCAGCACCGUCUUAUCCCCGUUCAUUCCUUGGUCAGCGGGGGGCUAAUAAUAAGCAGGCUGGAUUUAUGGGACCACGACUUCCUCCUCAUAUGAUUAAGAAUUCAAGUCGUUUAAAUGGAAAUGGACCCCUAAAAGAGGAUCCAAAUACUGUUGGUGUCACCCUAAAAAGGCCAUCUUCAGCUCCACCAACAGCUUGUGUUCAAAACUGGGCAAUUACCAGGCCUUCAAAUACGGAUUCAUCAAAAAACCAGAAGAUCACUAUCAGUAUUCAUAACAAAUUGCCUGCACGUCAGACUGUGUCACAACCUGACUGUCUUAGCAGUGCUGCGGAGGAUGAGGAUCUAAGCAAGCCUGUUCCUUCAUCCACAAUUACAAAUUCUUCUGCAGCAGAGUCUACCUCAAAUGCAUCUACAAUGUCAGUUGCUACUAACGUUUCCAAACAGGAGGUUCCUGAUGAAAUUUUUGUUGAGCCAGCAGUGAAUGGAAAUCCUAAACUCAGCUCUGAUAACGUGGUCCCUUACGGUGCAGAAUCUUCAGGAAAAUCUGAGGAGUCGAAGGGCUUGUUUAAAAGGAAUUGCAACAUAAUAUCUUCUAACGGAAUUUUGAUUGGAAAGGUGGUCCGUACAUUGCAGAAUUCCCAUUCUUCCUGUCAGAAUGCUGAAGAAGAAAGAUCCCAGCAUGAGCUGCCAAAAAAUGAUUCACUAAAUGGUGCUAUUAGUUUAGAUAAUGAAUCUAAAGAAAAUGGACUGAAACUUGAUGAUUCCACUUGCCAAGUCCAACCUGUUAAACCUUCUGAGAUUUUCUUUUCUAAAACAAAUGGAUUGCUUGAAACAAUGCCUAUAGCUUUGUCGCCGGUUCCUCAAGACAUAAUCUUAGAAUCUCUCACAUACAGCCAGUUGAACAGCUUGGCAGAGGAAAUAAGUAUCCCUGGACUUCAGAAUUCUUCUGAGAAUGAUGCUUUUAUGGAAACUGUAGUGAUGGAAGCUCUGUUUGCCUAUGAAGAAUCCAGGAAGGUUCCUUCCAACUUUAGCUGUGAGGUUGAGAAUCUUUUUACUCAGUCAGAUUCUGAAACCAUUUCUACCAAAGAAGAAGUUGCUGAAAGUAUUAUAGCAAAAGCUGAUAAUGUACAUCCCAAUAUUAAUGGUCAGCACAAGGUCAGGAAAAAAUCCUUCGACGCUGAAGAUGAAUUCCUUGGGCAGUGUGAGUCUGAAGACAGUAGAGACAAAGACAAACUAAGAAGAUCAAAAGAACCUGAACUGAUUUCAAAAGAAAAUUCUUUGUACAUCAAAGGGUCUCCUGAGAGCGAAGAGAAAUUAGGGCAAACUUCCUCUAUAAAGUCUGACAUUGAAUGUAGCUCUAAAAAACUUGCAUCUCUAGAUAUUACAGAUAAAUGCCAAGAUACAAAGGACAUUUCUAAUAACUAUGUAGAGGUACCACCUGUUAAUGACUCUUCUAUUACAAAGCUGGAUAAAGUUUUGGAAAGCCAAUUUUCUAGAGAAAAUGAGGGACUGGGUAACAAAAAAUGUGAAGAAGAUAAACAUAGGAAAAAAUAUAAGAAAAAAAUAUAUGACUCUAAAAAAACUGACAAAGAGCACUACCGAAAGAAAAGAGAAAACUCAGACACUGAAGAGAAGGAGAAGCAAACCAGAAGCAAAACAGAUGACCAUUCCCACAAGAGGAGGAGUUCUCGCAGUGUGGAAACAAAUAAGCAAAAUCAUCAUAAGCAGGACUAUUGCAAUGAAAGCAAGUACAGAUCUUCCCAUAAUGAAAGAAACAGUCCAAAUAAUGGCAAAAGCUCAGGAAAAUAUUCUCGUUAUAGAUCCCGAAGCAGAGAAAGAAUAGAACAAGACAGGAAUAGGUAUUAUCAUUCCAAAGGAGAGAGAACUUGGAGCAGAGAAAGAUACUAUCAAGAUGAACCACGGAGAUGGGAAAAAUGCAGAUACUACAAUGAUUAUUAUUCCUCUCAUGGAACAAGAGAUGGUAGAGAGAGAAAGUCCUCUCAUUGUGAUAAAGACUUUGACAAAUCAAGUCAAACUUACAACAGGUCACAUAAGGAUUAUCAUUUCAAAAGCAGAUGGCCUCACUCUAGAGAGGAAGAUGUACAUCACUUUAGCAGCCACAGAGCAAAUUUACAUCAUUGUUCAGUACCUCAGCAGCAAUCCGAAAAAUAUUCUCGGGAAAGGCAUGCAUUUCCACGUAUGUCAAUUCAUGCAAAUUCUGAGGACUCUUCCCGGGAAAAUGAAAAAGAAAAACUAAGAAAUGGCAGAAGAAAACAUAGCCACACGGAAGGAAGCGGAAGCGAAAUAGAAAAGAAAUGUCGAAAAACAGAUGACCAAAGAAUGAAAAAAUAUAAGAAGGUCAAGAAGAAAAAGAAGUCCAAAGAUAAACAUCGAGAGAAGGAUCACAAACUUUAUGAUUUGGAUUUCUCUGCACUCCGCUUUGAUAAUGACAAUCGCAAACAUAAGAAAAAGAAGAAAAAGAAGAAACACAUUAAGAAACUAAAAAGCUUCUUGGAAUAUUUAGAGCCUCAUUUGCAGAAGAAAACUCGGGAAAGGAAGGAAGAAUCCUCUCCUCCAGAUGCAGAACUUACUGACGGAAACCUUCAAUACCCAAACUAAACCUACCCUCAGACCUGACGACUAUUUUUUACCAUGAGACCCCACGCAACUUCUUUGUACCAUCAGACCCGACGACAACUUCUUUGUACCAUCAGACCCGACAACUUUUUACCAUCACACCCGAUGACUUUUUACCCUCAGACCUGACAUUACCAAUAUUGACCAUCAAAACUUAAAAUUUAUUAUCAAACCAAUUACCAUCAAGACAAAAUCCAGUCAUAAGUGGUGCUUAACAUUUCUGUACAGAAUUUUACCAUGAAAGGACUUUUUUUUAGUUUUUAACUUGAGACUUUCUUUUUUAAAAUAUACUUCUAAUCCAAAAGGGUGGAAACUUUUUACAACUGCUGAACAUUGUAAAUUACCACAUAAAUAUCUCACUGAUGUGAGAUAAUGCCCUGGAAUAGACCAUCUCAAAUGCUGCUUUAUUACAGACUCAGGUUGACUUUAUGUUAUUCAUGUAAUGUUACUCCAAGUUAGACAUCUGGUGCAAGAGCGACCAGGAAUUAUAAAAAUUGCAACUGACAGUCUGUAUAUUUAAUUUAAAGACUUAUUUAAAAUUUCACAAGCUCUCAAAUAACUAGAAUUUUGCAAGAGCUUCAUCUUUUUUUCUGUGAUGUCUGACACUAGAAACUAAUUUACUUCACAUUUGAGUUAUAUUCAAGAUCUGAAGAAAAUCUUCUGGUUUUCAACAUUGUGAAACAACAAAUAUGCAGUUCUGAAUGUAUCUCUCAAGACUAUUUGUAUACUCUUCCAUAUGUUUUUAUUACAUUUUCUUAAUAUACUGUCACUUGUCUUAAGUCUCAGUUGUCUGUUUUGUCUCUCUAAAGUGUCUAGUUACAGACAAAUUCAUACUGUGAUUUUUAUUUUUAUUAUUAAAUGCUAUCAAACUGUGAUGCACUUAUUAUUCACUGGUCCUGCAUCAGGAGAUGAGUGGGGAACCUGUAUUAAAUACAGUUCAUCUGAAUAAUCUGUCUGGUUUAUACAAGCUGUGUUGUUCAGAGAUGUCUAAAGUUUGAUCUUUGUUUUUUUAAAGAUAAAAAGCACUUGCCCCACUGUAAAUAUAUAGCAUGUAAAAUUUAUAUAGUAUAUAAAUACAGCAAAGUUAAAAUGGAUUUUUACUUGAGUUUUACUUGAGUUAUUUAACAUGCAAUAUGUCAUGUGAAUUGACAGCUUUCAGAGUGUGUUUGAUACUCAAGAAAUCAGAUCUUCCUUUCAGUGGUAGGUGAGAAGAUGCUGUCGCUGUGACCCAGAGAAGAUAAGUAACUUGGAACUUCAGCUGCCUA